AUCUAAAACUCCAGCAAAUCCCAUGGUUCUCCUCCUCUAGCCUCCAAGUAUUGGGCAGUCAAACAAAAACCAAACCAAAACCUCCCAAAAAACAACAUUUGACUUCUGCUCUGUUCGUUCAGUUUUAUGAUCAGAAGCAGAGAGAUUCAGAAAGAUAAUCGAGAUGGGGUUGGUGGUUGUUCCAGAAAUUGGAAAUGGAGAAAUGGGUAUGUCUGGGAUUCCAUUGGGAACCAAGAACAAGUACAAGAGGAUGGAUUCUGAGCCCGAGGUCGAGCUCACAGAGGAAUACGAGGAUGGUGCUUCUCGCCACCACCUUCAACAAAUCAGGAGCAAAAAAACCAGGAAAUAUGUCCUCGCCUGCGCCAUUUUUGCCUCUCUCAACUCUGUUCUUCUUGGCUAUGAUGUAGGUGUCAUGAGUGGAGCUAUCAUAUUCAUUCAGGAAGAUUUAAAGAUUACCGAGGUACAAGAAGAAGUUCUUGUUGGGAUUUUGAGCAUUGUUUCGCUUUUCGGUAGUUUAGCCGGUGGCAAAACAUCAGAUAUCAUUGGUAGGAAGUGGACCAUGGCCUUGGCUGCUGUUGUCUUUCAAGCAGGUGCAGCUACAAUGACCCUUGCUCCUUCAUUUGAAAUAUUGAUGAUUGGAAGACUCUUUGCGGGCGUUGGAAUUGGCUUCGGUGUCAUGAUUGCUCCUGUUUAUAUCGCUGAGAUAUCACCCACCAUUGACAGAGGCUCACUCACCUCAUUCCCAGAAAUAUUUAUAAAUCUGGGAAUUUUACUUGGCUACGUCUCAAACUAUGCAUUUUCUGGGCUUCCGGCACAUAUAAACUGGAGGAUAAUGCUUGCAGUAGGAAUUACGCCUUCAAUUUUCAUUGGUUUUGCACUUUUCGUAAUCCCCGAGUCUCCAAGGUGGUUGGUCCUUCAGAACCGUAUUGAUGAGGCAAGAUCAGUGUUGAUGAAAACAAAUGAGAAUGAAAGUGAGGUGGAGGACAGACUGAAUGAAAUACUAGCAGCCGCUGACAAUUCUAGUGCGGGGAAGUAUGAGGAGAAAAGUGUGACGAGUGAACUAAUGAAUCCAUCUCCUUCACUUCGUCGGAUGCUUAUCACAGGUUUUGGAAUUCAAUGUUUUCAACAGAUAACAGGAAUAGAUGCAACUGUGUACUACAGCCCCGAAAUCUUCCAAGAAGCAGGAAUAAAAAAUAAACAAAAUGUUCUUGCUGCAACUGUUGCGGUGGGUGUCACAAAGACUGUUUUUAUAAUGGUCGCUAUUCUUCUUAUAGACAAGCUUGGAAGAAAGCCCUUGCUCUAUGUCAGCACGAUUGGAAUGACGAUUUGUUUAUUCAGUUUAGGAUUUACUCUCUCUGUUCUUGGGAAAGGACAGUUUGGCGUUGCAAUGGCAAUUUUAUCUGUUUGCGGAAAUGUAGCCUUCUUCUCUGUUGGAAUUGGACCUGUUUGCUGGGUUUUGACAUCCGAAAUCUUCCCUCUAAGGGUGCGUGCGCAAGCAGCAGCGCUCGGAGCAGUGGGUAAUAGGGUGUGCAGUGGUCUAGUUGCCAUGUCUUUUCUCUCAGUUUCCAAUGCAAUUUCAUUUGGUGGAACAUUCUUUAUCUUUUCUGCAGUCGCUGCUCUUUCUGUCGUAUUUGUCUACACCUGUGUUCCAGAAACCAAAGGAAAGUCAUUGGAGCAGAUUGAGUUGCUUUUUCAAACUGAACAUGAUCAGAAAGGAGGUCAAGUGGAACUAGGAGAUGUCGAGCACCUUGUUCAGAAAGGAUGA